CCAGAUGGCUCUAGGGAUCUCCGACCGCGGGCCGGCAGUGUCCAGGCGGGAGGGCAAGUUCGCACCCUCAGUUUGGUUGGCGAGAUCCUUACAGCCCCAGCACUCAUUCGCCCUACGUGGGCCAGACGGCCGCUCGCGGCUCUGUAAGACGCCGUAAUAACGGUUCCCACCUGGGGAAACGAGGCCAGGGCGUCCCGCCCAGCCCUGAUGCAUAGCAGUGACAAGAAACAAACCAAACGUUCAACAACAGGAAGUGCUAUACAAAGAUUGCUCACAAAUCAAUAAGGACAAGAUCAGGGUCUCGUGGGGAAGACAGAAACGCAGCCCAUGACGUUACGCAGGAAGUUCGCCAAAGAUCCAACGCCUGGUAGCCAGGCUGGCCUCCUCUGAUAUCUCCUGGGCAGGGCCACACCGUGAGUGUAGAGCCCCGCGCUCCCCUGCCGCCCAAAGAGCCAGGUUCCGAGCCCGUUCGAGAGAGACCCUGAAGGCCCUCGGGUCUGGACCGCCGAUCCUACGGCCAGCAGUGCCCAGCGCGAGGUCUGGAGCGGCAGACUGAGCGGUGCGAGCCGUCUGGGGUAGGCGGGGGAGGGACGCGGGUCCCGGAGGCGGAGCGGGCGGCGCCGAGAAACAGCGGCUGAGAGAGGCGGGAGCGCGACGCGGACUGGCCGCGGAGCACCCCUCCGCCCGGCGGUGCAUCGCUCCUCCUGCGCCCCGCGGCUUGGCGGAGGGUCGGACUCCCGAGGUAAUGCAGCCGCGCGGCGAGCGCCCGGCCGGCAGGACGCAGAGCCCGGAGCACGGCAGCCCGGGGCCCGGGCCCGAGGCGCCGCCGCCGCCACCGCCGCCGCCCGCCCCCGAGGCAGAGCGUGCCAGGCCCAGGCAGGCCCGGCCCCCAGCCCCCAUGGAGGGAGCCAUGCAGCUGCUGAGCCGGGAGGGCCACAGUGUGGCCCACAACUCCAAGCGGCACUACCACGACGCCUUCGUAGCCAUGAGCCGCAUGCGGCAGCGCGGCCUCCUGUGUGACAUCGUCCUGCACGUGGCCGCCAAGGAGAUCCGUGCACACAAGGUGGUGCUGGCCUCCUGCAGCCCCUACUUCCACGCCAUGUUCACAAAUGAGAUGAGUGAGAGCCGCCAAACACAUGUGACACUGCAUGACAUCGACCCUCAGGCCUUGGAUCAACUGGUGCAGUUUGCAUACACAGCUGAGAUUGUGGUGGGCGAGGGCAAUGUGCAGACACUGCUCCCUGCCGCCAGCCUUCUGCAGCUGAACGGUGUCAGAGAUGCGUGCUGCAAGUUUCUGCUGAGUCAGCUGGACCCCUCCAACUGCCUGGGAAUCCGGGGCUUUGCCGACACACACUCGUGCAGUGACCUACUCAAAGCAGCACACAGGUACGUGCUGCAGCACUUCGUGGACGUGGCCAAGACCGAGGAAUUCAUGCUCUUGCCACUGAAGCAGGUGCUGGAAUUGGUCUCUAGCGACAGCCUGAAUGUGCCUUCAGAGGAAGACGUUUACCGCGCAGUCCUGAGCUGGGUUAAACACGAUGUGGACACUCGGAGGCAACACGUCCCCCGGCUGAUGAAGUGUGUGCGGCUGCCCCUUCUGAGCCGUGACUUUCUGCUGGGCCACGUGGAUGCUGAGAGCCUUGUGCGCCAUCAUCCUGACUGCAAAGACCUGCUCAUUGAGGCCCUCAAGUUCCACCUGCUGCCCGAGCAGAGGGGCGUUCUAGGCACCAGCCGCACUCGGCCCCGGCGCUGUGAGGGUGCCGGCCCUGUGCUCUUUGCCGUGGGUGGUGGGAGCCUAUUUGCCAUCCAUGGGGACUGUGAAGCAUAUGACACCCGAACUGACCGCUGGCAUGUGGUGGCUUCCAUGUCUACACGUCGAGCCAGGGUGGGAGUGGCUGCUGUUGGAAACAGGCUGUACGCUGUGGGCGGCUACGAUGGGACCUCAGACCUGGCUACUGCGGAGUCAUAUGACCCUGUGACCAAUACAUGGCAGCCCGAGGUGUCCAUGGGCACAAGGCGAAGCUGUCUGGGUGUAGCUGCCCUGCACGGGCUUCUGUACGCGGCUGGCGGCUAUGACGGGGCCUCCUGCCUCAACAGUGCUGAACGCUAUGACCCCCUGACGGGAACGUGGACAUCCAUUGCUGCCAUGAGCACCAGGAGGCGCUAUGUGCGUGUGGCCACACUCGAUGGGAACCUGUAUGCCGUGGGUGGCUAUGACAGCUCCUCACACCUGGCCACUGUGGAGAAGUAUGAGCCCCAGGUGAACUCAUGGACCCCCGUGGCCUCCAUGCUGAGCAGGCGAAGCUCUGCUGGCGUGGCAGUGCUAGAAGGCGCCCUGUACGUGGCAGGGGGAAAUGAUGGCACCAGCUGUCUCAACUCAGUGGAGAGAUACAGCCCCAAGGCUGGGGCCUGGGAGAGCGUGGCGCCCAUGAACAUCCGCAGGAGCACGCACGACUUGGUGGCCAUGGAUGGAUGGCUAUAUGCCGUGGGGGGCAACGACGGCAGCUCCAGCCUCAACUCCAUUGAGAAGUACAACCCGAGGACCAACAAAUGGGUGGCCGCCUCCUGCAUGUUCACACGGCGCAGCAGCGUGGGUGUGGCAGUGCUGGAGCUGCUCAACUUCCCACCGCCGUCCUCACCGACGCUCUCCGUGUCCUCCACCAGCCUCUGACCUGCGGUACGGACCGCAAGAGGCCCCACAUGCCUUAAGCCCCACAGGGUGCCCCUGUACCUCCUUGUCCCCCGGCUGCAUGCCGGAGACAGGGUCCACAGCUCCCACCAGGGACGUCCUGCACCGUCUGUCCAUGUCUGCAUUCAUUCCUCCGUGUUUGUUUGUAUGUGUGCCGUUUAUUUAUUGAUCAACUGAUUAUUUAUUGAUGGACAAGCAGCACUGUAGCUACCAGUUUGUAUGUUUACUCUCCAAGCAUGGCUGCUCUCCAGAGUUUCCUCCCACUUCCUGCCCGGGCCAGUAGGAGUGAUGAGGGACACUCCCUGCAGGAGGGUUAGGAGCAGGAAGGGGUUGGAGGCUUUCACAAGCAGGUGCAGACCCCUAGCCCAUGCUUUGCACAGUGCCCUUAUCUGGCCCAGCCAAGGGCCGUCCCUGGGAAGGGCACAAAGCAGGCUUCUUGUGUGUCUUGUCUGCAGCUGGUGUCUUUUCUGGAUCUUGCAUGGGGCUGGGCACACAUAUGCACUCAGACCCCACACAGCAAUAUGAGCCAACUUGAACAAUAAACAUGCUUCUCGGGC